AUGACAGAGGCUGAUGAAGACGAUGGGCUGCAGCCGGGGCACGUGAAGCUGUCCAAACCCGUGGCUCUGUGGACGGUGCAGGACGUUUGCAAAUGGCUGAAGAAGCACUGCCCCAACCAGCACCAGAUCUACAGCGACUCCUUCAAACAGCACGACAUCACAGGCCGCGCUCUGAUGCGUCUGACCGACAGGAAGCUGGAGCGCAUGGGCAUCAUGCAGGAGGCGCAGCGGCAACACAUCCUGCAACAGGUUCUACAACUGCGGGCCGUGCUCGUUCAGAUUUGUCCUGGUUUGAGCUAG